AUGGACCAAUAUCUUACGACGUACAAAAAAGAUUAUCCGUGGCCCGCGACGAGGAUCAAACGGAAACCAACCGAAUUGGAUGAAUACGGUGCAUGCAAAUGCCGCGAUCUUCCCCGAGAGAUAAAACCCCUCACUCAUUGCGGCGAUGAUUACGAUUGGAGCCGCACGGGUCCCAUGGGACGGCUUCUCGAUCCGAAGCUGUACCCUGCAAAGACUGGGCCGCAUCCGGAAACCGAUGUCACGAGAUUCGACCAGCCGGCCGUGUUCAUGAGAAAGUUAGAGGAAAAAUAUCCUAAUCUGUACGGAAUUCUGCAGACAACGCCCAUAGAUGAAGUAAUCAGACGAGUCGAUCAAGAUCGGUUAAAGACGACUUAUCAGUUAGAUUAUUCUGAGAGAGCGGCUAGAAUGAUGGAAGAAGCGGAAAUGGGGCCGUGCAAGAUACCCAAGGAGGAAGAAAAGGACAUAGACUGUCGGCCGUACGCUCGGCGACCCAAGAUCAAGGUGAAACACGAUGAUGCGAUAGAAAAAGCGAAGAAGAAGCCGAAGAAAGCGAUCGAGGACGAACAGGAAACGCGAUUAGCUCCCUGGCGGUCGGAAUACCAAGAAACGAUCAACAGAUUAGGCCAAAUGAUUAUGAAACACAAAAUUCACGGCAAGAGUUCGGUUGGGCCGACAUGGGCGAUGGCCGUCUCGUAAAAAUUAGAUUAAUUGUAAUGACGACGAAUAAACCACGAUAUUCAUUCAAAUAAUAUC